UCCUGGCUUCCUUCCUUCCUUGCUUCCUCGCUUCUUUCCUUCCUCGCUUCCUUCCUUCCUUGCUUCUUUCCUUUCUCGAUUCCUACCUUCCUUUCUUCCUCGCCUCUUCUUUUCUUGCUUCCUUCCUUCCUUGCUUCCUCGCUUCCUUCCGUCCUUGCAUCUUUCCUUCCUCGCUUCCUUCCUACCUUGCUUCCUCGCUUCCUUCCCUCCUUGCUUCCUCGCUUCCUUCCUUCCUCGCUUCCUUCCCUCCUUGCUUCCUUCCUUCCUUGCUUUUUUCAUUCCUCGCUCCUUUCUUUCCUCCUUCUUUUUUCCUCGCUUUCUUCAUAAAUUUCUUCCUCACUUCCUUUCCUCCUUUCUUCCUUGCUUCAUUCCUUCCUUCCAUGCUUCCUCACUUCCUUCCUUGCUUUCUUCCUUGCUUCCUCGCUUCCUUCCUUGCUUCCUUCCUUCCUUCUUUCACAUCCUUCCUUCCUCGCAAUCUUCCCUUCCUCACUUCCUUCCUACCUUGCUUCCUCGCUUCCUUCCUUCCUUGCUUCAUUUCUUCCUUGCUUCCUCGCUUCCUUCUUUCCUCGUUUCCCUCUUUCUUUCCUUGCUUUUUUCCUUCCUCGCUCCCUCCUUUUCCCCUUCUUUGCUUCCUCGCUUCCUUCACAAAUUUCUUCCUCACUUCCUUCCUUUCUUCCUUCCUUCCUUGCUUCAUUCCCUCCUUCCAUGCUUCCUCGCUUUUUUCCUUGCUUUCUUCUUUCCUUGCUUCUUCGCUUCCUUCCUUCCUCACUUCCCUCCUUCCUUGCUUCCAUCCUUCCUCGCUUCCUUGUUUCCUCAUUCCUUGCUUCCUCGCUUCUUUACUUUUUUUCCUCGCGUCCUUCCUUUCUCGCUCCAUUCCUUUCUUGCUUCCUCGCUUCCAUCUUUCCUCCUUCCUUGCUUCCUCGCUUCCUUCUUACCUUGCUUCAUCGCUUCCUUCCUUCCUCACUUCCCUCCUUCCUUCCUUGCUUCCUUCCUUCCUCCUUUCCUCCUUCCUUGCUUCCUCGUUUCCUUCAUUCUUUCCUCGUGUCCUUCUUUUCUCGCUUCAUUUCUUCUUGCUUUCUUCCCUCCUUCCUUCCUUGCAUUCUCGCCUUCUUCCUUCCUUCCUUACUUACUUCCUUGCUUUUUUCUUCCUUUCUUUGCGUCUUUGCUUGCUUCCUUCCUUCCUCGUUUCCUUCCUUCUUUGCUUCCUGGCUUCCUUUCUUCCUCGCUUCCUUACUUGCUAGCUUCCCUGCUUAAUUCUUUACUCGCAUCGUUCCUUCCUUGCUCCCUCGGUUUCCUUGCUUCUUUCCUUCCUUCAUUGCUUCAUUGCUUCUUUCCUUCCCUCCUUCCUUCCUUUUUUCCUUCCUUGCUUACUUAUAUUACUCCCACCUUCA